AUGACCUCUACCUACGGCCCGAUCACGACUUCAGGGACCGUGGUCUCGUAUCUCCCCCUGACCACCGCAUGGUCUGCUCCAAGUGAGUGCUCAUCACUGUUCCUCGACACGUCAGGCUCCCUGUUCAUCAACGCGCCCGAAUACCACAAUGGUGUCGCCGGAUCUCCUGAAUGUGUGCCCCCCGAGGUAUCUAUAUGGUGGUACCAGAGCUUGAACUCAGCAUCGCCGACAGGAGUUGUGCUCGGAGGAUACGAUUUCGCAUGUCCGGAAGCGUACACAACUGUAUUCUCUUUCUAUGCGAGCUCGACUUCGACUAUAGGCUGCUGUCCAUCUGAAUAUACUUACGGCGGCACAUGGUGGCAGCAUGGUAAUCCAUACCAAUGCUCCUCCACCAUUCCUGCUGGUACGAUCACCUACGUCCAGGCCUACACCGAUACUAUAUAUACAACUACAAGUCUUUACGUGUCGACGCCUACCAUCAUAACUGGAGUACAGAUCAAUGGGUUCCGGGUCGAGACAACUCCUCAUACAGCGCAACAAACAAGCUCUUCGACAGGUUUAUAUUUCUUGGGUCAGCCAACCUCGACAACAUCAAGCAGCGUAUAUGGUACCGCGACGUCUGCAGCGGUGACAAAUACAUCGGGCCUUAACAGCCAAGCAAAAAUUGGUAUUGGUGUUGGCGUGUCCUUGGGCGCUAUAGUUCUGGUAGGCAUGCUAGCGAUUUGGCUUCUCAUGCGAAGAAGACGGAAUCGACAGAGUGCAGUCCCGCAUGAGGCUAUCAUCGAGACUUCCUACGCAAAGCCGGAGCUGGACUCUGCUCCUGCGCCGACGACGCACGACACUACAAUCCCAUAUACAAAGCCAGAGCUAGGCUCUUCGCCUUCGCCCGUCAAGGAAAUGGACUCUACAACUAAGAUUUAUGAACUUGGAUCUCCCCCGAUUUCUCAACCCGUCGCCGAACUUUCUGGUGAUGCACAUCCACCUGCUCUGCUCACAGAAGCAGAGAUCUCCGAGAUGGAGAAACGUGCGCUCGAAGAAGAAACAUCCGGUGCGUAUGAGGCCGCUGAGGUGACAUAUCGGCAAGUAGUCCAAUGGCGCGAGAGCCAUCAAGGCCCCGAGCAUCCAGCCACGCUUACAAGCAUGUACCGUCUCGUCCUAGUCUUGAGCAACAUGCGCAAUAAAACCGGCCGAGCCGACGAACUAUAUCGCGAGCUCAUGACACGACGACAGACGCUACCAAACCCACGUCCAAGCUCACCCCUUCUCGGCGAAGCAUUGAUGCUACGCGGGAAGAGCCACGAAGCUACCGCCGAGAAAUUGAUCAGACAAGAACUAGAUCUCAACAUGCGGGUGCUGGGACCCGAGCACUUACUGACGCUAUUUAGCCAGGGCAACCUGGCGAACGUGCUUCGACGACAACUCAAACUCGAGGAAGCCGAAAACGCAUAUCGGGUUACGCUGGAGAUGAGUGAUAAGGCGUUGGGUCCGCUGCAUGCGUAUUCGUUGCAACAGAUUAAUAAUCUGGCUGUGACGUUGUCGAUGAGAGACAAAAAUGAUGAGGCAAGGGAGGUUUAUCGGCAGACGCUGGAGAGGAAUAUUAAUAAGGCUGGGUAUAAUCAUCCUGAUACUUAUCCUAGUUUGCAUAAUUUGAAGGGGAAGUUGAAAGAGGACGAGGAUCUUGAGAUUGCGAUUACGACUCCGAGGGAUGGAUCACUUCCACAGGGGCAGAAACAUCGGGCAACGGUUAAGAUAGUGCGUAGGCACGGAUAG